AUGGCCUGCCACGCAUCUACAGAAGUACUGGAAUCUGAUCAUCAGUGGCAGGAGAGCUAUAUCUACAGGGUCCCCAAGAAACUUCAUAAGGUAAAUGAAGAAGCCUACACUCCUAAGUUAGUUUCAAUCGGCCCAUUCCAUCAUGACCUCGAAGAAUUGAGGGGCGUGAAAUUGCAGAAACUAAUAUAUUUGAACAAGUUCUGUAUUAGAGUCGGGAAGAGCAAAAAGGAUCUUGCUAGCAUAAUUGAACGCAAGAAAGAUAAAAUCAGCCGUAGCUAUUCAGAGACCUUUCAGCUAAAUCAAGAUUUUGUGAAAAUGAUUCUAUUGGAUACUAUCUUUAUCAUUGAGCUCUUCUUGAGGAAUUUUUUUCUCCAAAAGUUCUAUAAGUCUGCCUUCAAUGGAUCAGAAGAAGUUGCUCCCUUUCUUGAGCUUACGUGUCAGUUCUUCUUCUCGGAUAAGCACCGAAUACCCAUGGAUAAGAAAGUAAAACAUUUCACUGAUUUGCAAAGAUUGUUUUACCAUCCUAUUGACAUAAAACCUCAUCCCAAACCUACCAAACAUCUAAGAUAUACAGCCACAAAGCUGUAUGAGGCAGGAUUGGAAUUCAAAGCAGUUGACCUAGAUUUCUCUAAGAGAUCGUUACUUGACAAAGAUUUCGCUAAGCAUAAGUGCUUGGAAGACUAUCUGUGCUUAAAUCUUUCAUGGCUGUUCUCUUGCUUACCAUGCUUGAAAUCCUUUGGUUGCUUUAAAAGUGUGCAAUGCAUCUUGAAAGUCCCAAUACUUGUGAUAGACGACCAAACAAAAGCUUUUUUCCGAAACCUUAUGGCUCUGGAGCAGUUUCAUUAUCCAUCUUACACAUACAUCUGUAAUUAUGUUUUGCUAUUGGAUUAUCUUAUCACCACUACAGCAAAUGUGUGUUUGCUCGUUGAAAAAAAGCAACGGCUCAAUGAGCACGUUGAUAACUUAUGGAACCAUCUCAUGGCAUCCUUGGCAAGUGUGUAUUUCCGCAAUUUUUGGAGAGGCACUGCAACUGUUGCUGGAAUUCUGGUCCUGGUUUUCAGUUUUGGAAACUUCCUUCAGCCUUUUCUCAUGAAGAUUUGA